GCGGACAUUUUGAAGGCAAACGCGAUACAAGGGGCGCACUAUUUUCGUUUCCAAACCUCAGGAAAAUCAGCCCGUUUUGGCACGGAACAAACGCAGCGUGCAACGCCGGUUUAAAAUUGGCGCCAAAAAAGCUUCCGAAAUGCCAUAAAUGAAGGUUGUGUGGAGUACUAAAAUCAACCUACCGGGUCAGUGCGAUAAACAGUGGAACGCAGGAACAAAAGCAACGUCCGUUUGGAAUCGUACUAACAUUGUUCCAGAGCCCUAGUGUUUGAGGCUCGUGAAGCGGAUCGAGCGAAAGGAACGUUGUCACACAAAAUGGAUCCCGUCGGUCCGUGGUCGUACACGUACAAUCGGAUACCGGGUGCGGCAGGCGGUGAGUUCCAUCAUCAUCUCGCUUCGGCCGCGGCAGCCGCCGGAAGUUCGGCCGCGGCCGGUCUAGCAGCUCAUCACAAUGCAGCCGCUGCUGCAGCUGCGGCCACAGUCGCCGGCGUACCCUCGACGACCUCACAGUUACUUCUUCAGGCGGCCCACACCACUUCCCUCGGUUCCACCGGUACGCCGUUCAAUCCGCCCAGCUUUCUUUCGCCGGGCAGCGUGACAGGCUACGACGCAGUAUUUACCCCUCUAUUCCAUCAUGCGGCCGCGGCCAGUAGUAACCCCAAGCCGGCCCAUUACAGCACGAACAGCACCGGUGGCGGAGUUAGUGGCACCAGUAGCGUCAUCAACGCCCAGCAUCGACAGGUGCUGGUGCAGGCGCAAAGCCCGGUGGCCGUCGCGGCUGCUGCUGCGGCCGCCGCUGCCGCCGUCGGCAAGCAGCACCAUCAGGUGGAUAAUCUUCGUGACAACUACCAGUCAACGAUGGCACAGCAUCAGCAAACGCUGGUGACUUUCUUCGAGCAGCAACAGGCUGCGGCAAACAGUGGUGGUGCAACGAAUGCAACAGGAACGGGAAGUGUCGCCGGAUCGUGGCAGACGAACAACAACCAGCUACCGAGCCCCUUCGGAAUCAUGCCCCACGAGAAUGUGCUCCCAUCGAGUCCAUCGUCGAACAACAACGCCGCCCCCGGAGCGGCCACAACGGUCACCACGAAGUACGAAAACUUUGGCACACACUACACGAACUCCGCGUUGCAACAACAACAUCAUCACCACCAGCAACAACAACAGCAGCAACAACAGCAACAACAGCAGCAACAGCAGCAGCAGCAACAACAACACCAGCUGCUUUCAAUGGCCGGAAAGGUAGCAGCUGGUCGUUCCUCUUCGCCAGCGGUGAACGUCGUCACGAAGACGGUCGGACAACCUCCACCACCGCCAUCAGCCGGAGGUUCAUCGGCGGGUGGCUACUUUUCACCGUCGGCGGGCACUAGCAGCAGCACCGGUGGAGCCAACAGCAGCCCUUACGCGGUGAACGAAUCAUCCCCGCAUGGCGUCGGAGCGUACUCCAGUAUGAAGCACAAUGGCAGCGUUUCGAAACCUGCCGUAGGACAGCAGCAGCAGCAGCAGCAGGUAGCGGGCGGAGCGUCGGAUGGGACGAACAACAACAACGGUACCGUGACGGUGGCCAAUACGCUUAAGAAGCUCAACAUCCCGGCCAAUAUGAACAAGGGCUUCAUGGGCAGCUACCUGAAGUUUCUGCAGGGUGAGCGCGAAGGAUCGCCACCACCGGUCAACCGACCCGGCCGUAAAACGGCCUGGUCGAGACCAGCCCCAGCUACAUCAUCCAAUGUCCCCAAAAGUACAGCGGCUGCGGCGACAUCAGCAGCAGCCGGCGGUACGAAUGCAUCCAGUCCGAAGGGAGGCACACAGUACAACAAUAGCCAGACGCCGACAGGCGAUGGUGGCGACCAGCGUCUCAAGCAGCAGCAACAACAACAGCGCGAAGUGCGUAACGGUACCGAUGGCAUGCAAGGUGGUGAGGGUGAGAACCAAUCGUCUAAUUACAGUAUUACCGCUCUUCAGACUCCCAGCAGCAACAAUAACCACAAUACCGCCGCUACCAAACAGACCGAUGCGAACCGGAAAAGAAAGUACAAUCCUGCGGCGACCACUGGCGAAGCUGGUGAAGGAUCCGAUCCACUCGUUGUACCGCAACGCCGUCAAACGACCAACCGGAAGGCAAAGGCGAAAGCCGUCGAAUUGCAGCAGCAGAUACUGGGCGGCUCGAAAGCGACCGGACGGGUACUCGACGAGGUGGAAGAACCGGCUGAAUUCGCCAACGAUUCCGACUCCGAUCCGGCCUGGACGCCGGCGGAGGAUAAGGACGAUGUUGAUGAUGAUGAGGAACGGAUGGCGGGAGGCAGAAGGCGAGGAAGAAAAAGCACCACUGGCACACUGGGUCGGGGCAAAGGUCGCUCUAAUAUAUUGUCAGCCGGCGAUUACGAGUACAGUAGUGAGGAGGACAACAACCACAACAAUGUUGGUGGUUCCCAUGCUGCUGCCUCGUCAGGCCAUACACCAUCUCAGGCCAACCUACAACAGCAUCAACAAAUCGCGGUACCAAACGCGCCUCCUGCAAGCCAUCACCAUCCGAGCCAGAUCCAUCAAAAUCAGCACACAACACAAUCGCAUAUGCUCCACUCUCAGUCCUCGAUGCAACGGCAAGCGCAGUCUGUUGCCGGUGUCCAGCAGCAACAUCAGCACCACCACCAGCAGCAACAAAUGGGGAACCUGCAAACGCAGCCCAACAACAUCUACUCGUCGCAGUCGCCAACGAACAAUAACAUGCCUACUCAGUACGGUAUCCAACAGCAACAAACGUACAGUGCACCGGCGUCCAACCAGAACACCCAGCCUGUUGUUCCUUCGACCGAAAGCGGAGAAGACUUUCAGACGGGAGACUUUGUCGCCAUCCGGUCCGAGCUAAUGCAAGACUAUCCGGCGAUAUGGCGCGUUGACGGUAAAACGCUGCUGCAAAAGUACGAAGCAUUUGACGAUCAGACCGGAAAAGUGCUCCAUCGAAAUGUAUCUACCUACGCCGCGUGGAAUGCGGAAUCGAAAAAGUUGUACGUAAAGAUCCCCGUCCGGUUCCGCGUGUACAACCAGAUGGAAACGGUUGUCGAGUUUAUGCGCAGCGAAAUGGUGCUGGGUAGCGGUGCGGACGGGUCGUUCGACCAUCAGCAGUUCCGGGAGACGGCUAUGGCAGAUACGAAGGCGUACCAGGACGUGUUCGAGGUGUACAUACAGACGCUCAUAUCGCAGGCGCUCGAUUCGAACUUCCUGAAGGAAAUUUUACAAGAACAAGAUGAUUACUUCUUGUCGCGGGUGAAAACGAUCGACAAUCUAACGGAAGAUCGUCGCCAGCGGCUGAUUCAAAUAACGCCCUGGUCGCAUCACAUCAUCACCUCGUUAGCCACCUUCCCGGCGUACGACAUUAUGAAUGAGCUAGGCCACCAGCAACAUCAUCAGCAGCCGCUGUGUGUGGCGUGCCAUCAGCCUGGCAUCGCCGUCCGAAUCGUACUCCAGGGUCAAACGUACAACGUGGCCACACUGGGUACCUCGACGAGCUCCAACUCGGCUCAGUACGAGAAGAAUUUACAGCUGUGCCGGGGCUGCUCGAGCCGCUUCGAGCUGCUGCAUAAGAUAUGCCACCAGAAGUACAUAAUGUUUGUCGAGUGCGCCAAGCGCGUCAACCAGCAGAUUUCUAACGAUUCCUCCAAGGGACCGACGGUCAUUUUGAAUGAUCUGCUCGCUGACGAAAACUGGCUAUCGAUGCUCUUCAAAGAGGUACGCAGCAUCUGGGCCGAGAUCGAGCUUUUGGAGCGACAGUAUAGAUUUCAAAUGGGCGGUGGUUCCCAGUAGGGGCCUCCCGGCAACUUAUUGCUUUCUGUAACUAAAAAGUUUUCAAAGAACGUAAAAAUCAUUGCCAAGCAAAACAAAAACAAACGCCAGUGCCGAUCUGCAACGCAGCGAGCCAUAUUGCGUACAGCACGAUCAAACAUCGACAAGACGAGUGGUGCGAAACACUUCUAACAAACAUCCCUGCGAACAUGCUUUUAUUUUAGAUGAGCCUACUUAAAACAAUUGAACGGGUUCCUUUUUUUAAUCUGGUAUUUUUAAAAUUGUCUUGAGCUAACGAACACUGGUUUACUACGUCAUCUCAGUAUGAGUUUUUAGAUGGAAUCAGGAAUUAAAGUGGGACAGGAAUUAAAAACGAACGUUCGGGAAACUAUCCAGUUAAUAUACAGUGUGUAUUUAUAGUCCCACAUCAGAAACGUACGAUGAAUCCUGAUCGUGAAAUGUUAUCGUUUAGGUAAAGGGAAGAGAAUAAACGCUUCCAC